AUCGAUGCCUAAAUGGAAAUGUCUCUUCUUUCUGGACUCCAAUUUCUAUUUCACACAUUUCCCCCAAGCCCCCUUAAAGAAAGCAAAUUACUCCUUAAGUCCACUACUCCAUUGAAUCAUUUCAUUUCACAUCCAUUCCCAAAAAUCCCUUUGUCCAGCCGCUGAAAAAUCUGCAAUGGCAACACUAGGUAGAUUAUCGAGAAGAGUCAUAGCAACAUCUCUCUCCGGCCACCUCCGCCACCACCGUAACCACAAGCUCCUCCUCCUCGGCCGCCGGUCGCUGGCGACGGAAGCUCAAUCGGCGAUUAAGGAGUCACCGGAUCGAGUGAAGUGGGACUAUAGAGGACAAAGGCAAAUCAUUCCACUAGGUCAGUGGGACCCGAAAGUCGCCGUCGAUGCUUACGUGGCGCCAAAUGUUGUACUUGCUGGUCAGGUGACUGUGUAUGAUGGUGCGUCUGUGUGGAAUGGCGCUGUUCUUCGAGGAGAUCUUAAUAAGAUUACUGUAGGGUUCUGCGCUAAUGUACAGGAGAAAUGUGUUGUUCAUGCUGCUUGGUCUUCUCCUACAGGGCUGCCAGCAGAAACAUUAGUGGACAGGUACGUUACGGUUGGUGCAUACAGUCUAUUGCGAUCCUGCACAAUUGAGCCAGAAUGCAUUAUUGGCCAGCAUUGUAUCCUUAUGGAAGGUUCAUUAGUGGAGACUAACUCUAUCCUUGAGGCUGGGUCAGUGCUACCACCUGGGAGGAGGAUUCCAAGUGGUGAACUCUGGGCUGGCAAUCCAGCAAGGUUUGUCCGGACCUUGACCCACGAAGAGAUAAAAGAGAUACCUAAGCUUGCUACUGCAGUAAAUGAUCUGGCCAAUGCUCAUUUCUCAGAAUUCCUGCCUUACUCCACCAUAUAUUUGGAAGUUGAGAAGCUUAAGAAGUCAUUUGGAAUUUCGAUUUAGAUUUUUUCUCUUCCCGAUUGUACUUGUUGGGAGAUUUUCUUCCGAGCAAAUAAGAAACUGUAAGACUCGCAAGUAAAACUUAAGAUCUGUUGUUUCUUAAUGUGAUUCUACAAUCAGGUAGAGAAAAUGUGUGUUCUCUGUUCAAGGAUUUUCUUUUGACACUCAGAUGUCUGUGGUCAUCAAUACAUGUUGAAGCUUUCCAGAA